CUCUCUCCCUCCCUCUCAUGUGCCUACUGCAUCAUCGAAGGCAAACUGGCCUAGGAAAUCUCAACACAAAAUGAAACAGUGCUGCUGAGGAAGGUGGAUCCAUUCAAACCAAAAGGAAGGAGAUUUAUAUGGUUAGCAGCAGCUCACCAUCUCUCUCCACUCCUCUUUUUUGUGAGUGAGAGAGCAUAAGAGCAGGCCAUCUUUGGACUCUUUCGAUCGUUCCGAGCGCAUUUAUCUCCACUUCGUUGCGUACCCUUUUUUCUGCAUUGAAGUGAAGAGGACGACGAGGGAGGUGGAGGAGAAACAAGAGCAGCAGCAUCUAUGAAGCGAUAGGAGGAGAAAGAAAUGGACUUUCCUCGAGCCGCGCCUGGUUUCAUCGAUCCGUCGGAGUUAUUGCUCGCCAAUGGAGCACCGCCGAAUCCGAGGAAGAGAGGUCGAGGAGGCAUCGGGUUCCCGGAGACGCCGCCACCGCAGCUGCAGCAGAACCACCCUGUCGACCUCCUCUCGCUGCAACCACAGCGUACAUCGACCCCGCUUUCGCCUCCGGCGCUUGUGAGCUUCGCCCAGCACCAGAGCGACCCUUCUCUCCGAGUUUCCACCGGCCUCCGACUCUCCUUCAAGGAUCGAUGCCAGCAGCAGAACCAGAAGCAAUCCAACCCUCUUCUAUCUUCUUCUUCCUCCUUCCUGUCCUCCCUUCUGUCCGAAGAACUCACCACCCACAUCAAUCAACAGAAGGGCGAAAUCGAGCAGUUCCUUCACGCCGAGUCAGAGCAGCUGCGACGGGGGUUGGCGGAGAGGCGAUGGAGGCACUACCGGUAUCUAUUAAGCGCAGCGAACGAGUCAGCCGCCCGGCGGCUACGAGAGGAGGAGGCGGAAGCGGAGCGGGCGGCGCGGCGGAGCGCCGAGCUCGAGGGCCGCCUCGCCCGCCUCCGAAUCGAGUCGAUGGCAUGGAAAGCCAAGGCCACGGCCGACCAGGCAACGGCAACUUCUCUCCAGGUCCAGCUCCAAAAGGCUGUCGCCACCGCGGCCCAGGCGCGGGGCUGCGAGGCGUCGCCGGCCGAGGACGCCGAGUCGGCCUUCAUGGAGCCUCACCGAGUCGAGCAGGGGCGGGCUUGCCGCGCCUGCCGGGAGCGCCUGGCCUCGGUGGUGCUCCUCCCCUGCCGCCACCUGUGCCUGUGCGACGUCUGCGACGGCGGGGGAGGCCCGGUCGAGUCGUGCCCGGUUUGCCGAUGUGGCAAGGCCGGGAGCGUCCGAGUCUACCUCACUUAAGACUGCAAAUCUCAGCCGUUCAAAAGAUCUCCGUAAACACGAAAAAUUAAAAAUAAAUCACACAAAAAAGGGAUUAGAAAAAGACAGUCCGACGCUUAAACUCUUUUUCUAAUCAGCUUUUGGAAACAAGAUGAUGAGCAUUACUACUAAUUAAUUCGAAUUUAUUCGAAUUUUAUUUUUUUUUCUUAAUUUGUUUCGAAUGUGCACCUUCGGCCGUUUGAUUACCAUCAUGUGGCAGAGAACCAGGAAGGCCCAUCGAUCGUCUAAUGGGCCGGCCCAACCCAUAUAUGUAACGCAUGCCUGCAAUUUAGACUA